CAAUUCAUGAUUUUGAGUUAUUAUUAAUUAUUUGAUAAUAGGAGGAAGAGCAGAAAACUGGGGCUUAUGUUUUAAAUUGAUAUAGAGAAGGCAUUUGACAACGUAAAUUGGGAGUGUCUGUUCAAGAUCUUAACAGUCUUAGACUUCUCAGAUAAAUGGAAGAAAUGGGUUAAAGGAGCUAUGUGUUCUCCGGUAAUUUCAGUUCUAGUGAAUGGCGAAGCCAAAGGUUACUUCAAGGCGUCUAAGGGUCUCCGCCAACUACCAAGGAGAUCCACUUUCCCCAUGUUUGUUCGUCAUGAUGAUGGAAGUUCUUUCGUGGAUGCUGAAUUCUGCAAGAGAAGCCGGGAAAUUUGAAGGCUUCUACUUCAAAGAAGAAACCAAGGUUGGUGAGGUUACACAUCUAUUAUUUACUGACGACACGCUUAUUUUUUGUGAUGCGGACCACAACCAGGUGCUUAACAUCCUUGCCACCAUAGCAUGCUUUCAAACAGUGACGGGACUGAGAAUCAACCUCGACAAGUCGGUAAUGUACACGGUCGGGGACGUGGCUGAGCGUAGUUUCUACGCUGCCAUUUUAGGGUGUAAGUGGAGUAGAGACCCUCUCAAGUACUUAGGCUUCCCUGUUGGUUCCAAACCAAAUGAUCCUGCCAUUUGGGACCCGAUUCUGGAAAAAUUUCAGAGCAAACGAAUGGGUGGGGGAGCUGACGCAUAUUUAACUUCUAAAUUUGUCUCGGUAUAUCCUACUAGACAAUCAUUCACGAACUGACGCAUAUUUAACUUCUAAAUUUGUUCUUGAUGUAACUCAAAACUGAAAAGACACUUCCAACAUUUGCUUUACAACCAUAAAAUCAACACAAACUAAGUGUAGCUUAUAAUUUGAUUAAUUGUUAGGUUUUGAAAUAAUUAAAGAUAGAAAAUAGGGUUUUGCUAUUACACGGUGUUUAGAAUAGAACAACAAAAAAGUUGUAGCCUAAUGGAAAUUAUAUCUAUUAAUAAUAGGAGUGUCCCUGGUUUCAAUUACCCAAACUAUUACUUAUAUUCCCAUACGCAAACUACAAACGACAGUAGGAUAAUCGUUCUUUCAAAUUUCAGGGUGUCCCAAACUAUUAAUUAUAAUUUUUUUCCAUACGUAAAUUACCCCUGGGUCCGCCCCUGUUUACACUGACUACUAUAAUGAAGAUGUUCACGCUGAGCCUGAGACCGUGGCUAGAUCUUGAUCAAUCUUUAUGAAGUCACUACCUAUUAAUAGUUGUUGAAUACUUUGUGAAUGUUCUGAAUUUUAGGAUAUCCCAUGGUGAAAUCGUUUAUUAUAUUAGAAAAAGGUAGAAAGCAGGAAUAAGAUCGCAGUACAAACUGAAAAGCAGAGACAUCAUGAAAGGUGUCAGAACAGAAGCGUGGCAAUCGAUAAUCCAAACCAACACGAACGAACACAAAUUUAACGUGGUUCACUAACACAAUGUGUGCUAGCUAAUCCACGGGCUCUGGGGGACAAAUUUCACUGAUUUGAAGAGAGUACAGGUUACAAACCAAAUUCCAAAUGGACAAACCAAACAAACUAACCUGACUGACCCUACUACAGACUAGGGUGAUGAAGAGUUUCUCCUAAUCCCAAACAGAAAACCAAAUACAUUUUCUCAAACAUACAAGGAAAAUGUCAAACAAAGCCCAAAUACAAACCCAAACAAAAUAGACCCAAAACACAAAACAAACCCAAUUCAAAUUCAAGUCAUAUUCUAACACCGACAAAAAUCUCAAUAAGGAACAAAAAGAAACCAACAGAACAAGAAAGUUCGAUUAUAACAAAGAAUAAUUGUUGGAGUAAAGUUGCAGGAUACUUCAUUGUGAACUCUUGAGCAUAGUAGUGAAGAGUGAGCGGUAAAGCCAUCAAACUGCUGGUAGAAUUCUAAGUUGUUCAAUGCAUGACUGAACUUCAAUUUCGUAACGAUCAUUAGCUUCCAGAGCCUCUGAGUAAGUUAUUCCUCGAUAAGCAGGUGGAUGAGUGUCGUCCACAAAUUCCGAUGUCGGAGCCACAAAUUUGUUUAUAGAUGGCCCAUGAAGCGUGCCUAUAGAGACCCUCCUCGUCUUGUAGCUACCCACCAACACCCGAUGAAUGUGACUCUUGUAUUUGCCGUUAGUUAGAAGCUAUCAUGCAACACAUACGAAUUUGUGUCACAAAUCAAUUCAUGGCCACCAACAAAAUAUUGAAUUAUAAACUCAAUGAAAAUACAUUUCUAAAAAUUAUUUACAUGUUAUCAAAUAUGAUUUGGCAAAUAAGUGAUGUAAAAUACAUGAAUUUCGUGCUU